AUGAGACGGCACGUCCCCCUUACCCGUCGUAUCGUGGCUGUUCUGGCCGGUUACUCCGGAACUGGAGUGCACAGCGCCACACCCGCAUGGGCCUUGGCCUUCAGCACCAGCGGCCCGACCCGGGAUGCCGGCACCUCGGGCCGUCUCUUCAACAAGAUCCUGGUGGCCAACCGAGGGGAGAUUGCCGUGCGCGUCAUGAGGACAGCCAAGAAGCUGGGCAUUCCCACUGUGGCGGUGUUCAGCGACGCAGAUGCGUCGGCGGUGCACACCAGAUUCGCCGACGAGGCCAUCAACAUCGGCCCAGCCCCCUCCACUCAGAGCUACCUGGACAUGCACAAGAUCCUGGCUGCCAUGAAGGCAACGGGUGCCGACGCGGUUCACCCCGGCUACGGCUUCCUGUCUGAGAACGCUGCGUUUGCGCAGGCGGUGGAGGACUCGGGGGCGGCCUUCGUGGGGCCACCCCACCACGCCGUGCACGCUAUGGGCGACAAGGUGGAAAGCAAGCGCUUUGCGCACGCUGCGGGCGUGAACACCAUUCCCGGCUGGGCCGGGGUGGUGGAAAGCGCGGAGCACGCCAUUGAGCUGGCCAAGGACAUCGGGUACCCGGUCAUGAUCAAGGCGUCCGCGGGCGGCGGAGGCAAGGGCAUGCGCAUCGCCUGGGACGAAAAGGGGCUGGCGGAGGGCUUUGAGCUCGCGUCUCAGGAGGCCGCCUCCUCCUUUGGCGACUCCCGCAUGCUCAUCGAGAAGUUCAUCGAGGAGCCGCGGCACAUUGAGAUCCAGGUCAUGGGCGACAAGCACGGGAACGUGGUGUUCUUCCCCGAGCGCGAGUGCUCCAUCCAGCGCCGCAACCAGAAGGUGAUCGAGGAGGCGCCCAGCCCCUUUGUUCCCCCCGAGCUCCGUGAAGCCAUGGGGAAGCAGGCGGUUGCGCUGUGCCACGCCGUCGGCUACCACUCGGCCGGCACCUGCGAGUUCCUGGUCGACAAGCACCGCAACUUCUACUUCCUGGAGAUGAACACGCGAUUGCAGGUGGAGCACCCGGUGACGGAGGCCAUCACGCGGCAGGACCUGGUGGAGCUCAUGCUGCGUGUGGCAGCUGGCCAGAAGCUGAACGUCAGCCAGGAGGAGGCCAACUGCGUGCACGGCUGGGCCAUGGAGUCGCGAGUGUAUGCUGAGGACCCUGCCAGGGGCUUCCUGCCCUCGACGGGACGCCUGAUGCGCUACGCACCCCCCCGCGGGGAAGGUGUUCGUGUGGAUACGGGGGUGCAGGAAGGGUCGGAGAUCAGCAUGUACUACGACCCCAUGAUCUGCAAGCUCAUAACCCACGGUGCUGACCGCCCCCAGGCCCUGCAGCGCAUGCGCCAGGCCCUGGACUCGUACGUGGUUCGUGGCGUGCAGCACAACAUCCCGCUCCUUCGAUCGGUCCUGGACCGCCCCGACUUCGUCGCCGGCACCUUCUCCACCGCAUUCCUCGCCCAGCACUAUCCCAGCCCCGCCGACUCAGCACCUGCGGUGCUGCCCCUGACCCGGGCGCAGGAGCAGGAGCUGCUGGCGCUGGCGGCCGUGUUGCACGUUCUGCGCUCCACUGCGCGCGCCGGGCGAGGGGACGGUCUGUCGGAGCCCGUGGACCUGGUGCUGACGAUGGGCGAGGAGCAGUUCCCAGCCAGGCUGCGGCCUUCCCCGGCCGGCCUGGUGCCGUCAUCUUCUGCCGCCGCCGCCGCCCCCAGCUUCCAGGUGGAGCUGGCGGAGCGCGUGCUGCAGGUGACCCCGGAGGCGGGCCCCAGCGAGCUGGCGGGCGUGCUGGCGCGCGCCAGCAUCGAUGGCCCAGUGCGCGAGGACUUUUCUCGCGCGGUGCGUUCGCCCAUGCCCGGUACGCUGGUCUCGCUGGCGGUGGCGGUGGGCGACGCGGUGCGUCCCGGCGACGACGUGGCGGUGGUGGAGGCCAUGAAGAUGCGCAACGUUCUACGCGCCGAGGUGGAGGGCGUGGUGGCGGCCGUGGAGGCCGCGCCGGGGGAUACCGUGGCCGCCGACCAGGUCCUCCUCCGGUUCGACUGA